AUGGCAUCAAAGGCCCUUGCAGUUAUCGCUGGCGUCGGCCCAGGCACCGGUGCAUCCAUUGCCCGACGCUUCGCCAAAGAAUAUUCAGUAGUUGUUCUAUCUCGGAAUCCCGAAAACUUCGAUCCAGUUGUGCAAGAGAUCAACAGUAAUGGCGGCCAAGCUAUCGGCAUUAGCACCGACGUCGCAGACGCAAAGAGCGUUAAUUCGGCAUUUGACCAAAUUGCGAAGAAGUUCCCAGACUCCCCUCUCGCUGCUACGAUCUUUAAUUCCGGCGGUGGUUUCGCCAGAAAGCCAUUCUUGGAACUGACAGAGGAGGAGUUCUCUCUGGGAUUUGAGGCACAGGCAAAGGGCGCAUUCUACAUCGCACAGCGUGCCCUGCCUCUAUUCCUCGAAGCGAAAGAAAAGCUAACUCACCCACCAACUUUAAUCUUCACCGGCGCCACAGCCAGCGUGAAGGGAUCAGCUAAUUUCGCAGCCUUUGCCACUGGAAAAUUUGCCCUUCGAGCAUUGGCGCAAUCACUUGCACGGGAGUUUGGACCACAGGGGAUCCAUGUCUCGCAUGCCAUCAUUGACGGUGUGAUUGAUAUCCCACGCACCAAGGCCUGGGUUUUCGAGCAUGAAGAUGCCAAGUUGAGUCCUGAUGCUAUUGCGGAUUCGUAUUGGCACUUGCAUACUCAGCCGCGGACGACCUUUGCAUUCGAGCUGGAUCUGCGGCCAUAUAUUGAGAAGUGGUAA